GCUGCGGACAUGACUGCGCGGAGGCAAGUCGAGGCGCUGCUGGUGCUGCUGGUGCUCGGCGCGGGGCUCCUCACUGCGGCUCAGGGUCAGAACUGUGGAGGUUUAGUACAGGGUCCAAACGGUACAAUAGAAAGUCCUGGAUUUCCUCAUGGCUAUCCAAAUUAUGCCAAUUGCACAUGGAUCAUUAUCACAGGAGAGCGUAACAGGAUACAAUUGUCUUUUCACACUUUUGCCCUUGAAGAAGAUUUUGAUAUUUUGUCAGUUUAUGAUGGACAGCCACAGCAAGGAAACCUGAAAGUGAGGCUUUCUGGAUUUCAACUGCCAUCGCCUAUAGUGAGCAGUGGUUCUAUUCUAACACUCAGCUUCACUACUGACUUUGCUGUAAGUGCCCAAGGAUUCAAGGCUAUAUACGAAGUUCUGCCCAGCCAUACAUGUGGCAACCCUGGGGAAAUUCCUAAAGGUAUUCUUGAUGGCACAAGAUUCAAUAUUGGAGACAAAAUUCGAUACAGUUGUAUCUCAGGCUAUAUCUUGGAAGGUCAUGCUAUGCUGACAUGUAUUAUGAGUCCUGGAAAUGGAGCAUCAUGGGAUUUUCCAGUUCCAUUUUGUAGAGCGGAAGGUGCUUGUGGGGGAACCCUCCGAGGGACAAGUGGAAUUAUUUCAAGUCCUCACUUUCCAUCAGAGUAUGACAACAACGCUGAUUGCACGUGGACCAUUCUAGCUGAGCCCGGAGAUACCAUUGCUCUGGUCUUUACGGAUUUUCAACUAGAAGAAGGCUAUGAUUUCUUAGAGAUCAGUGGAACUGAAGCACCAUCUAUCUGGUUGACUGGCAUGAAUCUUCCUUCUCCUGUUAUCAGCAGCAAAAACUGGUUACGGCUCCAUUUCACAUCUGACAGUAAUCACAGACGGAAAGGAUUUAAUGCCCAAUUCCAAGUAAAAAAAGCAAUUGAGCUGAAAUCAAGAGGAGUGAAGAUGCUACCUAACAAAGACAGCAACCACAAGAAUUCCGUCCUGAGUCAAGGUGGGGAUGCAGUUGCAUCUGACACAUGCCCUGAUCCAGGUGUUCCUGAAAAUGGAAAAAGGACAGGUUUGGAUUUUAGGGUUGGUGCUAGUGUACAGUUUAGUUGUGAUGACAAUUAUGUGCUACAGGGUACAAAAAGCAUCACUUGUCAAAAGGUGACUGAUACUUUGGCUGCCUGGAGUGACCACAGGCCAAUUUGUCGUGCUAGAACAUGUGGUUCCAACCUACGUGGACCAAGUGGAAUUAUUACGUCUCCUAAUUACCCUGUUCAGUAUGAAGACAAUGCACAUUGUGUAUGGGUUAUCACGACACUAGAUCCAGAAAAGGUCAUAAAGCUUGCCUUUGAAGAAUUUGAGCUGGAAAGAGGGUAUGACACACUUACUAUAGGAGAUGCAGGGAAAGUAGGAGAUACCAGAACAGUGCUGUAUGUGCUGACUGGCUCUAGUGUUCCUGACCUUAUUGUGAGCAUGAGCAACCAGAUGUGGCUCCAUUUGCAGUCUGAUGACAGCAUUGGCUCCCCGGGAUUCAAAGCCAUUUAUCAAGAAAUAGAAAAAGGUGGCUGUGGUGAUCCUGGAAUUCCAUCCUAUGGGAAGCGUACUGGCAGUAGUUUUCUGCACGGAGAUACACUUACUUUUGAAUGUCAAGCAGCAUUUGAACUUGUGGGAGAAAGAAUGAUCACAUGCCAACAGAAUAACCAGUGGUCUGGCAAUAAACCCAGCUGUGUUUUCUCAUGUUUCUUCAACUUCACAACACCGUCAGGAAUUAUUCUUUCACCAAACUAUCCCGAUGAGUAUGGAAACAACAUGAAUUGUAUAUGGCUAAUUAUUUCAGAACCUGGAAGCAGAAUACAUCUUAUUUUUAAUGACUUUGAUGUGGAACCUCAGUUUGAUUACCUGACAGUGAAGGAUGAUGGUAUUUCUGAUUUGCCAGCUCUUGGCACUUUUUCCGGCAAUGAUGUGCCUUCUCAAAUAGCUAGCAAUGGGCACAUAGUACGACUUGAAUUUCAAUCAGACCACUCCACUACCGGAAGAGGUUUUAAUAUAACUUAUACGACAUUUGGUCAAAAUGAAUGUCAUGAUCCAGGAAUCCCUAUCAACGGAAGGCGCUUUGGAGACCGAUUCCUUCUAGGAAGCUCUGUUUCUUUUCACUGUGAUGAUGGCUUUGUGAAAACCCAAGGCUCAGAGACCAUAACUUGUACUAUGCAUGAUGGCAAUGUUGUAUGGAGUUCCACUGUUCCACGUUGUGAAGCACCAUGUGGUGGCCAUCUUUCAGCAUCAAGUGGAGUUAUCUUUCCUCCAGGAUGGCCAGGAUACUAUAAGGAUUCAUUAAAUUGUGAAUGGGUAAUUGAAGCAAGGCAAGGACACUCUAUUAAGAUCACCUUUGAUAAAUUUCAAACCGAAGUAAAUUAUGAUACAUUGGAAGUCAGAGAUGGUCCAGCUAGUUCAUCUCCAUUAAUAGGGGAAUACCAUGGUACUCAAGCACCCCAAUUUCUUAUCAGUACUGGCAAUUAUAUGUACCUGUUGUUUACCACUGAUAAUAGUCGUUCCAGUGUUGGCUUCUUAAUUCACUAUGAGAGUGUUACACUAGAAUCAGAUUCCUGCCUUGACCCAGGAAUUCCAGUGAAUGGGCAUCGCCAUGGAAAUAAUUUCAGUAUUAGAUCUACAGUAACAUUUAGUUGUGAUCCAGGUUAUACCCUCAGUGAUGAUGAACCUCUUGUGUGUGAAAGAAACCACCAGUGGAACCAUGCUCUACCUAGCUGUGAUGCUCUAUGUGGUGGAUAUAUUCAUGCAAGAAGCGGAACUGUGUUAUCUCCCGGGUUCCCUGAUUUUUACCCAAAUUCUUUAAACUGCACAUGGACAAUUGAAGUUUCUCAUGGCAAAGGUGUACAGCUGAUCUUCCAUACCUUUCACCUAGAAAGUUCUCAUGAUUAUUUGCUCAUCACGGAAGACGGAAGCUUCACAGAACCUGUUGCCAGAUUAACUGGAUCAGUCUUGCCUCCUACCAUUAAGGCUGGCCUCUUUGGAAACUUCACUGCCCAACUUCGGUUCAUUUCUGAUUUUUCAAUUUCUUAUGAAGGCUUCAAUAUAACAUUUUCAGAAUAUGACCUGGAACCCUGUGAUGACCCUGGUGUUCCUGCCUUCAGUCGAAGAAUAGGAUUUCAUUUUGGUGUUGGAGAUUCCUUAACAUUCUCUUGCUUCCCCGGAUAUCGUUUGGAAGGUGCAAGCAAACUGACGUGCCUAGGUGGUGGUCGCCGUGUAUGGAGUGCACCUCUGCCAAGGUGUGUGGCUGAAUGUGGAGCAAGUGUUUCUGGAAACGAAGGAACAUUGCUUUCACCAAAUUUCCCUUCUAAUUAUGACAACAACCAUGAAUGCAUCUAUAAAAUUGAAACUGAGCCUGGGAAAGGUAUUCAUCUGAGAGCCAGAACUUUUCAGCUGCAUGAAGGGGACACUGCAAAGGUAUAUGAUGGAAAAGACAGCUCAUCACGUCUCCUAGGGACUUUUACAAAAAGUGAAUUGAUGGGGAUUGUUCUCAAUAGCACAUCUAACCACUUAUGGAUAGAAUUUAAUACCAAUGGAUCAGAUACAGAUCAAGGAUUUCAGCUUACAUAUACGAGCUUUGAUUUAGUGAAAUGUGAAGAUCCUGGUAUACCAAAUUAUGGCUACAAGAUCCGUGAUGAAGGGCAUUACACAGACACUGUAAUUUUGUAUAGCUGCAAUCCAGGCUAUACAAUGCAUGGAAGCAAUAUUAUUACCUGCCUAAGUGGAGAUCGAAGAGUGUGGGACAAAUCUUUACCUACCUGUAUAGCUGAGUGUGGUGGACAAAUUCAUGCUGCAACUUCAGGACGCAUAUUGUCUCCAGGUUAUCCCGCUCCAUAUGACAAUAAUCUUCAUUGUACUUGGAUUAUAGAAGCGGACCCAGGGAGAACAAUUAGCCUGCAUUUUAUUGUUUUUGACACUGAGGUGGCUCAUGACAUCCUAAAGGUGUGGGAUGGCCCUGUUGAAAGCAGUAUUCUACUGAAAGAGUGGAGUGGGUCUGCUCUUCCUGAGGAUAUAUACAGCACUUUCAACUCGCUGACUUUACAGUUUGACAGUGACUUCUUCAUCAGCAAAUCUGGUUUCUCUAUCCAGUUCUCAACGUCAGUUGCAUCAACUUGUAAUGAUCCUGGAACCCCACGGAAUGGAAGCAGAUAUGGAGACAGCCGAGAGCCUGGGGAUACAAUCACAUUCCAGUGUGACCCAGGGUACCAGCUCCAAGGGCAGGAGAAAAUUACUUGCGUACAACUGAAUAAUCGAUUCUUUUGGCAGCCUGAUGCUCCUACAUGUAUAGCUGCAUGUGGUGGAAACCUCACAGGCCCAGCAGGUGUUAUUUUAUCACCAAACUACCCACAGGCGUAUCCUCCAGGGAAAGAAUGUGACUGGAGAAUAAAAGUAAACCCUGAUUUUGUCAUUGCGUUGAUAUUCAAAAGCUUCAACAUGGAACCCAGCUAUGAUUUUUUACAUAUUUAUGAAGGAGAAGAUUCCAACAGCCCUCUAAUUGGCAGUUUUCAAGGCACCCAGGCUCCAGAAAGAAUAGAGAGCAGUGGUGAUAGCCUGUUUCUAGCAUUCCGUAGCGAUGCUUCUGUCGGCAUGUCAGGAUUUGCCAUUGAAUAUAAAGAAAAACCACGAGAAGCUUGUUUUGACCCAGGUAAUAUAAUGAAUGGAACUAGAUUUGGAUCAGAUUUUAAACUUGGAUCAGGUAUUACUUACCAGUGUGAUUCUGGCUACAAGAUUAUUGAUCCUUCCACUAUCACCUGUGUGAUUGGUGUUGAUGGGAAACCUGCAUGGAACAGAGUUUUACCAUCUUGUAAUGCUCCCUGUGGAGGCCAGUAUACUGGGUCAGAUGGAGUGGUUUUAUCACCAAAUUACCCUCACAAUUACACUGCCGGGCAGACUUGUCAUUAUUCAAUUACUGUGCCAACAGAAUUUGUUGUUUUUGGACAGUUUGCCUAUUUCCAGACAGCAUUAAAUGACGUGGUAGAAUUAUUUGAUGGAGAACAUCCCCAGGCCAGGCUUCUGAGUUCACUUUCUGGAUCUCACUCAGGUGAGACCUUGCCUUUAGCCACGUCAAAUCAGAUUCUAUUGCGGUUCAGCACCAAAAGUGGAGCAUCUGCCAGAGGCUUUCAUUUUGUCUAUCAAGCUGUGCCACGCACAAGUGAUACACAGUGCAGCUCUGUCCCAGAGCCCAGAUAUGGAAGGAGGAUUGGCUCUGAAUUCUCAGCAGGUUCUGUAGUCCGCUUUGAAUGUAGUCCCGGCUAUCUUCUGCAAGGCUCCAAAGCUAUCCGCUGCCAGUCAGUGCCCAAUGCUUUAGCCCAGUGGAAUGACACUGUGCCAAGCUGUGUGGUGCCGUGCAGUCGAAAUUUCACGGAACGGAGGGGGACUAUAUUGUCUCCAGGCUACCCAGAACCGUAUGGUAACAGCUUGAAUUGUGUGUGGAAAAUCACAGUGUCUGAGGGAUCAGGUAUUCAGAUCCAGGUAAUAAGCUUUGGCACUGAACAUAACUGGGACUCUCUUGAAAUUUAUGAUGGCGGUGACAUGACAGCACCAAGGCUUGGGAGCUUUUCAGGUACCACAGUGCCAGCAUUAUUGAACAGUACCUCCAAUCAACUUUAUCUGCACUUUCAUUCUGAUAUAAGUGUGGCAGCUGCUGGUUUUCACCUGGAAUACAAAACUGUAGGUCUUGCUGCCUGCCCAGAACCAGUAAUUCCUAGUAAUGGAUUCAAAGUGGGUGAUAGAUAUAUGGUGAAUGAUGUUUUAUCGUUUCAGUGUGAGCCAGGAUACACAUUACAGGGACGUUCUCAUAUUUCUUGCAUGCCUGGAACUGUUCGCCGUUGGAACUAUCCAUCCCCUCUGUGUGUUGCUAAAUGUGGUGGGACUCUGACAAAUAUAGCUGGAGUAAUCCUGAGCCCAGGUUUCCCAGGAAACUAUCCCAGUAACCUUGGUUGCACAUGGAAGAUACUAUUGCCCGUUGGAUAUGGUGCACACAUACAAUUUUUGAACUUCUCCACUGAAGCAAACCAUGACUUCCUUGAAAUUCAAAAUGGGCCUCAUCACACAAGUUCUAUGAUUGGCCAGUUUAGUGGAACAGACCUCCCACCAUCUUUAUUAAGUACAACUCAUGAAACACUCAUUCACUUUUAUAGUGAUCACUCAGAAAAUAGGCAAGGAUUUAAACUUUCAUAUCAAGGUUAUGAGUUGCAAAAUUGCCCAGAUCCUCCUCCUUUUUUUAAUGGAUAUAUAAUCAACUCAGACUACAGUGUAGGACAGUCCAUCUCUUUUUACUGCUAUCCUGGAUAUGUUCUGAUUGGUCACCCUGUUCUCACUUGCCAGCAUGGGAUCAAAAGGAACUGGAAUUAUCCUUUUCCAAAGUGUGAAGCUCCUUGUGGCUAUAAUGUCACGUCUCAGAAUGGUACUGUGUAUUCCCCAGGAUUUCCAGAUGAAUAUCCAAAUUCAAAAGAUUGUACAUGGCUUAUUACUGUUCCACAGGGCCACGGGAUUUAUAUCAAUUUCACCUUGCUCCAAACAGAGCUAGUGAAUGACUACAUUGCAGUUUGGGAUGGCCCCGACCAAAAUUCACCUCAGCUGGGAGUGUUCAGUGGGAAUACAGCUCUUGAGACAGCUUAUAGCUCUAGCAGUCAAGCUCUCCUCAAGUUUCAUAGUGACUUCUCCACUGGAGGAUUCUUCGUUCUCAAUUUUCAUGCAUAUCAGCUUAAGAAGUGCCAGCCUCCACCAGCAGUUCCACAGGCUGAUCUGCUUACGGAAGAUGAUGAUUUUGAAAUAGGGGAUUUUGCCAAGUAUAAAUGCCAUCCUGGCUACACCUUGGUUGGAAAUGACAUGAUGUUCUGUAAGUUAAAAGCACAACUCCAGUUUGAGGGUUCCCCUCCAUUUUGUGAAGCACAAUGCCCAGCAAAUGAAGUCCGUAUGGAUUCAUCUGGAGUAAUUCUUAGUCCAGGUUACCCAGGCAACUAUCCUAAUUCACAAACUUGUUCCUGGACUCUUAAAGUUGAACCAGGUUACAACAUCUCUGUCUUUGUAGAAACGUUUCAAAGUGAAAAACAGUUUGAUGAGCUGGAAAUAUUUGAUGGUUCUUCUGGUCAAAGUCCUUUACUGGUUGCUCUGAGUGGAAAUCAUACUGGGCAACGUAACUACACAAGUAAAACCAAUCAGUUGUAUUUGCGCUGGUCAACUGACCAUGCAACUAGUAAGAAAGGAUUCAAAAUACGUUACUCAGCUGCUUAUUGUACUUUAAACCAUGUUGUGAAGAAUGGUGGAAUUGUAAAUAAAACAAGGGGCACAGUUGGGAGCACUGUUUGUUAUUACUGCAAGCCUGGAUACAGAAUGAUUGGCCGUAGCAAUGCAACGUGCAGGCAUCUCCCAAAUGGCAUGUAUCAGUGGGAUUUCCCUGCCCCUCUCUGCCAAGCUGUAUCCUGUGGUAUUCCAGAAUCUCCCGGAAAUGGUUCGGUCUGGGGUAAUGAGUUUAUUUUGGGCAGCAGAGUGAUAUAUGAAUGUAACGAGGGCUUCAAGCUAGAAUCAAGUCAACAAGCAACAGCAGUAUGUCAAGAAGAUGGAUUGUGGAGCAAUAAAGGAAGGCCACCUGUCUGUAAACCUGUGGCUUGCCCCAGCAUUGAAACUCUGCUCUCAGAACAUGUCAUCUGGAGACUGAUUUCUGGGUCGGUGAAUGAGUUUGGAGUACAAGUCAUGCUGAGUUGCAGCCCUGGCUAUUAUUUAGAGGGUCAGAGACUCAUACUGUGCAAAGCUAAUGGAACAUGGAGUGGUGCUGAUGAGAGACCAACCUGUAAGGUGAUCUCCUGUGGAAGUCUCCCAACACCACCAAACGGCAAUAAGAUCGGUACCCUGAUUGUGUAUGGAGCCACAGCAAUCUUUACCUGUAACUCUGGAUACACACUAGUUGGUUCUCAUGUGAGAGAAUGCUUAGCAAAUGGACUCUGGAGUGGCACUGAAACACAGUGUCUAGCUGGACAUUGCGGUUCCCCAGAUCCAAUAGUGAAUGGCCACAUUAGUGGAGAUGGUUUCAGUUACCGUGACACUGUGGUGUACCAGUGUAAUCCUGGCUUUCGACUUGUUGGCACAUCCGUUCGAAUAUGCCUGCAAGAUCACAAGUGGUCUGGGCAAACACCAGUUUGUGUCCCAAUCACAUGUGGCCAUCCUGGAAAUCCUGUUAAUGGAGUCACAAAUGGCAGUGAGUUCAAUCUGAAUGAUGUUGUCAACUUUACCUGCAGUACUGGAUAUUUACUUCAGGGGGCUUCCCGAGCACAGUGUCGCAGCAAUGGACAGUGGAGUAGCUCUUUACCUAUUUGCCGAGUUGUGAACUGCACGGAUCCAGGUUUUAUAGAAAAUGCUGUUCGUCACGGGCAACAGAAUUUCCCUGAAUCUUUCAAGUAUGGAAUCAGUGUGGUGUACCACUGCAAGAAAGGAUUUUAUCUUCUAGGAUCUUCUUCACUGACCUGCAAGGCAACUGGGUUAUGGGAUAGAUCGCUACCCAAAUGUUUGCCAAUAUCUUGUGGACACCCUGGAGUUCCAGUGAAUGCAGUUCUGUCAGGAGACAAAUUUACACACGGGUCUACUGUUCACUACUCUUGCACAGGAAGUCGAACUCUCAUAGGAAACUCAAGUAGAACAUGCCAAGAAGACAGCCGCUGGAGUGGAACUCUGCCUCACUGCUUGGGAAACAGCCCAGGAUUUUGUGAUGAUCCUGGAGUACCAUCUCAUGGGAGUAGGCUUGGAGAUGAGUUCAAGAUAAAAAGUCUACUGCGUUUUUCCUGUGAAAUGGGUUAUCAGCUCAGAGGUUCCCCAGAAAGAGCAUGUCUUCUUAAUGGGUCAUGGUCUGGUUUGCAGCCAGUGUGUGAAGCUGUGUCUUGUGGAAAUCCUGGGACGCCAGCCAAUGGCAAGAUAAUAUACAGUGAUGGAAUUUCAUUCACAAGCUCCGUCAUAUAUGCCUGUUGGGAAGGUUACAAAACGUCAGGGCUCACUACUCGGCACUGCACGGCCAAUGGCACAUGGACUGGCUCUACUCCAGAUUGCACAGUGAUCAGUUGCGGGGAUCCUGGUGAACUAGCAAAUAGUAUUCAGUUUGGGAAUGAUUUCACAUUUAACAAGACGGUAACCUAUCAAUGCAAUCCAGGAUAUUUAAUGGAACCUGUUGGUGCAUCUACGAUACGCUGUACGAAAGAUGGCACAUGGAACCAGAGUAAACCCAUUUGCAAAGCCAUCACAUGUGUCCCACCUCCCCCGGUGCAAUAUGGAAAGGUGGAAGGGUCAGAUUUCCAUUGGGGUUCUAGUGUAAGUUACAGCUGUGCUGAUGGGUAUCAGCUUUCCAAUUCUGCUAUUCUUUCUUGCGAAGGACAAGGAAUAUGGAGAGGAGAUGUUCCACAGUGCCUGCCUGUCUUUUGUGGAGAGCCUGGUAUUCCAGCUGAGGGACGGCUUAAUGGUAGAAGUUUUACCUACAGAUCUGAAAUAACCUUUCAGUGCAGACCACCUUUUAUACUGAUCGGUUCAUCAAAAAGAAUCUGCCAAGCAGAUGGUGCCUGGAGUGGAAUUCAGCCAACAUGCAUUGAUCCUUCUCAUAACAGUUGCCUCGAUCCUGGAACACCACAUUUUGGAAUACAGAAUAGUUCUAGAGGCUAUGAGGUUGGGAGCAGAGUCUUUUUCAGAUGUAGGAAGGGAUAUCAUGUCCAGGGCUCUACUACACGCAGUUGUCUUGCAAAUUUAACUUGGAGUGGCGUACAGCCUGAAUGCAUCCCUCACGCUUGCAGACAGCCAGAGACACCACCAAAUGUGGACGUGAAGGCAAUAGAUCUUCCUACCUUAGGCUACACUUUGGUAUAUACCUGUCAGCCAGGAUUUUUUCUUGCUGGUGGAUCAGAACAUCGGACAUGUAAGCCAGAUAUGAAAUGGACAGGAAAGUCACCUGUUUGUAAAAGUAAAGGAAUGAGAGAAGUUAAUGAAACAAUAACUAAAACUCCAGUUCCUUCAGAUGUAUUUUUUAUAAAUUCAUUGUGGAAGGGCUUUUACGAGCACCUAGGAAAGAGGCAGCCUGCAACUCUAACUGUUGACUGGUUCAAUGCUACAAGCAGUAAGGUGAAUGCCACAUUUCUUGAAGUAUCCAGCACACAGCUUAAGCUAUCAGGUGUGUACAAGAAAGAAGAAGCUCAUUUACUUUUGAAAGUCUAUCAAAUUAAAAAUCCUAGAGAGGGCUUUGUAAGCAAGCUGGAAAAUGACAACUGGGCAUUAAAUGGCUAUGUUUCAUCGGGGCUUGAAAGAGGUGUGUUCACAUAUCAAGGUGACAUCCACGGAAAUGGCUUUGGAAAAUUUAUGCUUCAAAGACAAAGUCCUUUGAGCGUAGACACAGAUCAUCCCAAUCAUUACUAUGGCACAAACAGCAGUUCUGUUGCAGCUGCCAUCUUGGUACCCUUCUUUGCUCUAAUAUUAUCAGGGUUCGCAUUUUACCUCUACAAACAUAGAACAAGACCAAAAGUACAGUACAAUGGAUAUGCUGGACAUGAAAACAGCAAUGGACAGGCAUCAUUUGAAAAUCCUAUGUAUGAUACAAACUUAAAACCCACAGAGGCAAAAGCUGUGAGGUUUGACACGACUCUGAACACAGUUUGUACAGUGGUAUAGCCUUCAGUGCCCAAUUUGACUGAUUCAUAGCCAUACCUCUGAUGGACAAGCAGUAAUUCCUUUGGUGCCAUAUACCAGUUUCUCUUCUACUCUUGGUUCUGCUGCUGUAAUCUCUACAUUUCCAAUCAACAUAGAUGCAGCAAGGCUCUCUGGUAAAAAAUGUCAGUCUUCUGGGGAAUCAAGACCAAGAUAAUUUUUUCAUCUCAAAGGUGGAUUUGAAAUACCUGGCUGCGUUUGCUCCAAAUCAAGGCACACUUCGAAGGAAGACUGUCAAGUCAUACUCAUCUAUCAUAUUUAAAUGCCUCAGACUUUCACAUUUGUAUGUGGCUGGAUGCCUUUCAAUGCAGUCUUCUGGGCACUUAGAUCACUCCUUUGGGUACUGUGACAAACAAUAGCACCAUAAAUUAUUCCCAGGAAUAAGAACAUUGGGAAGGAGAUUUAAACAAAACAAAUCAACCAACAACCACACAAGCUUUCUUGAAUGAGAAGACUACCUUCCCUGGGGGCUGCACACAUCUACAGAAUGCUUGACCAUUGAAAUCUUCUUAACAUUUAGAACAAAUCUACAAUAUAUCUCAGAAGUUCAUGCAUUAAGGCAGUCUGCAAACUUCCCAGUCAGCUGUUGUAUUGCAAAAUAUUAAUGCACAAUUUUUUGCACUAGUGUGGUAUGAAUGACUGCGUACGAUACUGGUUUUUAAAAAAUCAAAUAUACAGGGUUUAUAUACACACUAUUCAUUGUAUAUAGGCAUCUGUUUCUUUUUCUUUCUUUCUUUUUUUGUCAAGCAAAGCAUUCCAUGAUCCUUGUGCGUCUAUUACCUUGUGCGUCUGUUAAAGAACGGUUCCUGUCUUUUAGUCCCGGUUGGAUAACUUGGUCACAAAGAGACUAUUUUUUCAGUUUAUUUUUCUCUGUAGUCUACAGUUCAAACCAGCCAGAGGGGGUGAGGGGGGGGGCACAUGUUUACAAAUCUUCAUUCCCACCCAGUAAUUUUUUAGAUUUACUUUGAUGUCACUCGUUAAUGCUGACAUAUUCUAUAACAGCAGGGGGGUCAAGCUGCUGCUGCUGCUUGCCAUGUACAAAAUGUGAAUAGUAAUUUAUUUUAGAUAGCUCAUAAAGCAUGUGGGCCUCUGCCUACAAUACAGUCUUCCCUUUAGCAUUUCUUUUUACACUUCUCCCACUGCUUUCUGACGUGGCAUUGGAUUUUUUUUUCCAUUUUCCAUUUAUCUUAAGUAUUCAGCCCCAUCAGACACUACAGCAUUUACAUGUCUCCACGGCACGCGCGGUUGUGUGUGGAUGUGAGCGUGGAUGUCUUUUUCCACUAUAUUUUUAACUGAUACUGCUUAAUGCUUUUGUAAUCACACAGCUUGACGGAGAAAUUUUCAGAUUUAGAAGCACUGAGAGUUAUCCAACAAGAGUUGCCACUUUUUUCUCAAAGCAAACUGGAAUGUGACAAAAAUGGAUAGGAUAGGCAGUUGAUUCAUAAGAGAUUUUUACAGGCACUAAUCCAUGGGUGGCCAACCUGCAGCAUGGGUGCCACAGGUGGGGCUCAGGCAGAAAGAACCUGUUGCGCUCCAUCCUUGGAAUAACAAUGCCUGUAGGUGCAGCUUUAGCACUAAUUUUAGGCCUACACUCUGGCCUACCUCUGCGGUGCUAUGCUGCUUCCACUGCUGCAGCUCAGAGGGUUAGAGGCAAAAUUAUGGAAAGGCACAGGGGAAUAUGUACUGUAAUGUGUGCUAGAUUGGCAUGAUGUCAUUGUUUGGACUUCAUUUGUGGAACAUACUGGCAAGAAGGUUGGUUACCACUCUACUAAUUUACUCUAAUCAACCCUAAUUGAAUUUCAAACAUUCCAUGAAGUUGUUAUCCUACGAAAGGUUAUCCUGUGGUGUGCAGAAAAGCAAUUAAUACUGGUGGGACCUCAGGACACAAACCCAUACAUUGGAUUGUCGUCUUAUAGUAUGGCGUGAUAUGUACCAUUAUAGCAUAAUUCCAUGAAAUUUUGCACUGGUGUAUUUCUUUUUUCUUCCUUAGGACUAUAACAUUGUAUGUGGCCAUUGAUUUGUUCCCUGGUAUUUUUUAGAAAAUUACUGUUACAGUUUUGGGAGAUUCUGAUACUUCAUUUUUUUAAAGUAAUUUUACAGGCCAGGAUCUAAACGACCACACUACUAGUUGUGUGUAUUCAAGGAGUCUUUGUGCCUGCCGUCUCUCUGCCCCAUGGCAAACCAUUUUAUUAAGUAUCAAAAAUGCCACUGGACAUGCCAAAGCCUGUCGGCACACCAGUAGAAACUCUUUGGAUCCCAGCUGUGAGUCCCACUCUCCCUCUACUUUUUAAAAUAUUUAUUCUUAGUCGGGAGAGAUUAGCAAUGAAACAAAACACCAAAAAUAAGUAAUGAUAGUAAAGAAGUUUUUUUAGUCUAUGCUAAACAGCAGAAAGUUUGCAAGGCCGUCUUUUAUCAAAGUAGAAAUCCUAUAUAGUUUUGAUGGAAGAUACCAGCAAUACCACUAUAUUUAGCUGUUCCUCAUGCAAAGGGGAGGGGGGGGCACACUGUUUAAUAUAGUAGUCUAGGAGAUGUCUGGAUAUUUUUGCUUUGCUUUAGAAAGAGAUAACUUUUAAUUAUUCCAUGAGAAUUUACAUUUUUAUAAGGUAGCCAACAGCUUUUUGUUUGCUUCUUUGUUUCGGCAUGUUCUGAAAGGACAAGAAUAACCAGAUUAAAAAUCUCUACGUUUCCUGUCCAGAUGUACUGCAUCCUAGUUGGCUUGAACUGUUGAUCACUGGAGAAAGAGAAACUUUGUUUUGCUGUCCUCUGGAAUCACUUUAUUUAAAUAGUAGUGAUGGCAGAAGUAACCAAAGUCGUUCAGAGAAUCGUAAACUUAUAAUUUCUUUCUAAUUCCUAUUCUAUCCGAGUAAGGGAUAGUUUUAUAAUAAAUUAUUGUUAUUGGCAUAUGUCCUGAUCCAGCGGUACAUAUUUAGUCAUAUGAACAAGUGGAUCUAUGGCUUGUGACAGGAGUUUCAUUCAUCCCAAUGGAUGGAGCUGUGCAUAUACAAGGAACACAUUCAUGGCUUAGGUCCCUUUCUUAAAAUGAACUGGGAAGCUUGACCAGCAGAGGAAACCCAUGCAUGUACUUGAAGAAAUUAUUAGAUCCAGGUAGUGAGUAUCCAGUCCUGAACCAGAAAAUCCUAACUUGGAUGAUUAUUUCUCAUUAAGUAUUAUUAUCUAAACAAGAAUAAGGCUGUUUCUGCUUUGAAGAAGAAUCAACAUUUUGACUUAAUACAGCCAAACUUUUUAUUCUAAUACAGUAAAGAGGUCAGUGGAUACUAAGCUUCCUGUCUGUGGUUCCAUUGAUUUCAAUGGAAUUUGCAGAGAAAAACUUUGUUUUGUAACCACGUUUCUGGAAAGAUAGCCUUGCCUAAUAAAAUAGGACCAUGGGUUGUUUUUUUAAUUUUUCUUUGUCACCUCUGUGCCUAUCUCUUGAAAGAUUUCUGUUUCCUUCAUUUCUGUUAUGACAGCAUUGUAUUGCACUAACCAGGUUAGAGCUUCCAUUUCUUCCAUCCUUUUUUCAAGGUUCCAUGCAUGUCCAGAGUUGCAAAUGGUAUACCAGCCCUGCAGCCCCCACACUCAAAGUGCCACAUAGUCCAGUCACAUGACCAGGACUUAAGCAGUACAGUGACUUAAAUACCAGAGUUGAGAACACUCCAGCUGAUGUAGUUCGAUCAUCCCAAAAGCAGUCGUGACAUCAAGUCUCAGAGGUAUUUACAGUAGACUGUUCCCCACGAUACACUAGACUGAUUAUAAUAAAUCAAUGAUAGAUAUGCUGUAAGAAAAAGUUCCGUUAAAAACAAAAAACAGGUUAUGUGCUUCAAAGCUGUUUAAAUCUGCUGCUUCUAUCACCCAUCUUGCCUUUCUCCAGGCUAGCUGCAAUAAUUUUUUUUCUUCUGUAAUAUAUUUUGUAAACAAACAAAAAAGCUGUUAUUAAAGAGGGGUGGGAGGGAGUUUUAAAAAUAAAACAGCUGGCAUUACGAUCAAGUCCAACUAAUUUUCAUUCCCAGAAUUCCAUUCUGCCAUUUCACGACAUGCUGCUGUGACAUGAAGUAGGUGCAAAAGAACUUUUUUGUACAGAGAUAUAUUUUUUAUGAAAAAUUUGUAAAAUUAUUAAAUAUGCUGUACUUUUUGAUUAAUGUAGGUAAAUUGUUUUAAAAAUGUUUUUACAAUACAAAAGGAAAAAAAAUCCUGUACUUUCCCCCCCAAUACUGUAAAAUGCACCAUCUUUAGCUGAAUUUUCAGUUCUGAACCUAUUACACAUGUAUUAAUAUUAAAGUGGCCUGUUUAAAAUAUACAGUAAUUUUUUGGCAAAAUUAUAAAAGAUUGUAAUAUAGCCUGUGCAAUGCCACCUAUCUUGAAAGCAAAAUCAAAUUCUAAUUAAAUAUUUAAUUUUAGAUU